AUGGCUACCUCCAAGGAGUCCCCAUUUUAUAAUUUCAAGGUCCUGAACCGAAAUGGAGAAGAAUACCCACUCUCCUCUAAAAAAGGCAAAGUGGUCCUUGUCGUGAACACCGCCUCGAAAUGCAGCUUUACUCCCCAGUACCAAGGCUUGGAGUAUAUCUACCGUCGGCUUUGGGAAAAGUACGACGAGGACUUUGUCAUCUUGGGAUUCCCUUGUAAUCAGUUUAUGCAGUAG